AUGGUUGCUCAAGUUCAGAAGCCUGCCCCAAAGUUUACGAAGACUGCAGUGGUCGACGGUGUGUUUGAGGAGGUUUCUUUGGAAAAAUACGCGGGUCAGUACGUUGUUUUGGCGUUUAUUCCAUUGGCGUUCACCUUUGUCUGUCCAACGGAGAUCAUUGCGUUCUCUGAAGCUGCCAAAAAAUUCGAAGCUCUUGGAGCGAAGGUUUUGUUUGCCUCCACGGACUCCGAGUUUUCCUUGUUGGCAUGGACCAACGUUGCUAGAAAGGACGGUGGUUUGGGGUCCGUUGACAUUCCAUUGGUUGCCGACACCAACCACUCUUUGUCCAGGGACUAUGGUGUGUUGAUCGAGGAAGAAGGUAUUGCCUUGAGAGGGUUGUUCAUUAUCGAUGGCAAGGGUAUUGUCAGACACAUCACUAUCAAUGACUUGCCAGUUGGCAGAAACGUGGAGGAGGCUUUGAGAUUGGUAGAGGGCUUCAAGUGGACUGAACAGAGCGGCACUGUCUUGCCAUGUAACUGGACCCCAGGCGCCGCCACCAUCAAGCCAAGCCUAGAGGAGUCCAAGGAAUACUUUGGAUCUGCUAACAACUGA